GGCAAUCUCCGACCGCUCUAAGACUUUCCUUUGCCGGGUUGAAGUGUUCCUUCCAACAUGAACCAGUGAUAUUUGGUAUUUGAGUGAGAGAUGCAGUGCUCCUAUCAGUGAAUACGCACCCAGGCUUACGUACUUUCAACAAAUACUAUAGUAUUUAGUACACAGCGUUCGAUAUUUUGAAACUUUUUCUAUUCAAUUAUUACUUUUCAAAUUCAAUAUCAGUUUUUGGAUUCGAGUAAACUGUUAUUGAUUCUCUUGGAUACAGCAUAAAAUAAUUGAAAAAAAAAUGAUUUUGAGGAAAACUCGGAUGUCGUUGAUCGCAGUCGCGUUAUUCUUUGCAUUUGCGAAUUGCGAGGAUGCCAAAACCGAAGAUUCCAACGAUUGGAUCCCAAUAGCCAAACCAUGUCCCACCUGCAAAACAACAGAAGAAGCAGCCGCUCCACCUGCAGAGAAAAAGGCUACAGCCAGAGUCCUGAAUCUUGCUGAUCCUCCGCAAAGCAAUUUCUUCCCAGAUGAAAAACAACCUAGAGGCAAUUUCCAGCAAUUCUUGAGGGAGACAACUAACGUGAAUCCAUUCAGGCAGCAACAGCAACCACAACAGCAGUCGAGGAGGAAGCCUCAGAAUCCAGCACCUCAAAGCUACCCUUACAGAUUCGAAAGCCCACAAGCACCGACGAGACAACGAGGACAAAAACCGGAAACCACUCAACAGCAAUAUUACGUGCAACAACCUAAGCAACCACAAUUCGUCAAUGAACCACUUUAUCAGCAAUUCCCGCAAAAACAAAAGUACCAUACUAUUCCGGAGGAAUAUCUUAGCCAACAUGGAUUGAUCCAGCAGCAACAGCUUUUCCAAAAUUAUCAACCAAUCAUCCCGGAUCUUCCUCCAAUCAAAGUAAAUGCUUCAGUUCCAUUGGCCCCUAAACCCGAGCUUCCCAAACCAAUUGAAAUCGCUACCAAUCCUCCAUCCGUUGAAAAAGAAAGCGUACAGCUCCUCUACGUCCCAUACGAAUCAUUGAAUCAGAAAAACUUCCCCAGGUUACAAGCCUAUCCACAAAUACCUAACAUCGAGCCUCAGCAACAGUUCAACAACUACCAACCGUAUUUGAACAAGCAGCAGCAAAUCCACGAUAUUCAGAAUGAUUUUAUAAGGCAAGCAUUGGAUGCUCACAAGCUUCAACUCCAACUGGAAAACCAGCAACCAUUCGCUCUACCGAUGAUUGAAACAACGACUCUUCCACCAACAACCACAACUACGACAACUACCAGAAGACCUACAGCCAAGAAACGCAAACCUCACCAACCGCCUUUAGCUGUCUACAUGACAGGUGACAGGGAAGCCGAUGUCAACGACGUACUUCAAUUGUUGAAAGAUGCUAAAAGUAUCGAUGUUCAAGACAGCGUCGGUCCUGAUUCUCCAAAGAUCUUUGUCGGACCAUCAAACCUCGAAGCUCCAAUUGAUUACGCCAAAUUCGAACUUCCCUAUCUUUCUAGUUUGGACAAUAACAGAGUUGAGCGUAAAGUUGAUCAGUUGCCAUUCUUCGUUGCUCCAUUAAGUUACAAAGCUCCACCUGGUUUCUCAAAAAUUCCUCUUCCAUCGCCACAUGUCGGAUCAGUUGUAAUUUCCACCAAAGAAAAGCUUCACGACAAAGAUACUAUAGUAACACCGGUGCAAAACGUGCAAACUAUUCCCAAUAUUGAAUACAAACCGUAUCAAGAACAAUUUACUAAACCGACGAUAUCUCCUCCCACGUACUCCAAACCAAUCGCUGCCAAUCAGCAAAUCUUCAAUCAAUUUGAUUUAGACCAAAUCAACGCCUUCAUCCCGCAAUUGCAACAGCAAGUUCCUGAAAAAUAUAACUUUGAGACUUACGAUGAACAGUACAGAAAGCAGCAACCGAUUAUCAAACAAAAACCUAAAGAGGUUGUGGAAGAAGUUGUCAGGAAACCGCAGACUUUGAAUACUCAAGAACAAUAUACACAGGAGGUGAUUCCAGAAAACAAAUUUAUUUAUAAUACCAAUCAACAAGUGAGGAAUACUCAUACCAAUAUUCGUGGAAGCACCACAGCUAAACCGUAUCUACAUUACGAACAAGAAAAUUACAACUACGAAGAGGCCCCUCCAACUAGACCUUCCAGAGUUAGGACAAGACCCACGACUACUACAACUACGACCACCACAACAACAACUACAACAACGACUCCUCCGCCACCUCCACCACCAGAAUACUAUCAAGAAACCGAGACUUAUGUACCAAAAGCAAGACCAAGUACAACUGUUACUCCUCAUGCUCAAUAUCUCGAGGAAGUCAUUCAGGAUGUUAGAACCACACCGCAACAACAGUACCAUCACGAAAUUAUCGAUCAAAACAAUUACAGUUACGAAGAGGUAGCGAGGCCGGCACCAAAGAGGACGCGCCCGUCCACGACUACGCCUCCGCAAGAGGUUUACAUCAAAGAGAUUGUAACGGAAGGCCACAGAACGCGUGGAAGUUCAAGGAAACAACCGACUAAGUAUAAGGAAGAUCCAUACAAUGAGCAAUACAUUAAAGCAUACCCGAGCACGCCUGAAUACUCCGACAUUCCCGUUGCCACAACUCCCAAGCACGUGACAACCGAAGGACAUCACUACACGGAUUCAGAUGAAAAUGAUUACAAAUACGCAGAGGUCGACAAUAAGAACAGAAAUGUGUAUCCCCAACACGAAGAAGAGCAGUACAUUGUAAGGCCAAUUUAUAGCACCACCGAGAAACCGUUGAGACAUAAUCAACAUUUGUUAAAUCAAGAUGUUAUGGAUAGCUACAUUUUGCGACAACCACAUGAAAAUGCGAAUUACGUCACGGGACCACAACAGGUGGAGAUUGUUCAUAAAUCCCAACCCCAAUACAAACCUAUUGAGAGCAGCUACGAAAGCGAAGAAGUCUCUGAUGUAAAAACGCAAAAUGCAAACAUAGAACAUUAUAAUUUGCCACAUCACGUUAACCCGAUGAACCAGGUCUUGCCAAGUUUGAUUAAUAAUUUAGAAGAUCAAUCGAUUCGUCAACUGCUUCAUCCCGGUCUUGUGCCCACAUCAACAGUUAAACCUGCUUUAAUUGAAGUAGAGACGUAUCCUCCAACAACCACAACUACAACCACCACCACAACAACUCCAGCUCCAACUACUCAUAUACCAGAUACAACAACUACAAGGAGGACACGAGGAAGAGUUCGUGGUAACAGAUAUACUACAACUACAGAUAGUAGCGUAUAUAAUACAAGGAGGAAUAUUCCGAGGAGAAGACCCACAACUCCAAGAACUAGAUACGUAGAAGACUCAUCCACUUCCCAUUACAAUUUACAUCGCAGCACAACCGAUCCCACAAAGAAAAUAUUAACAUCUCGAAGAUUCAGAAAUAGAGGAAGACCGACACAAGCUGAAACCACAGUUGCAGAUUAUUAUACCGAAAACAUAACUCCGGAGCAACCAUCAACUGCUAGGUAUAUUGAGGAAAUUUCCACACCAAAGCAGCAAAUUGCCAUCGAUCAGGAUCAAUUUGUUAUUAAGAAUUACCAACCAAUUUAUAACAUUCCAGUUGAACACGAAGAUUCUUUAAAUGAACCGGUUAUUAACGUGGAAAUCAGCAGACCUGCCACUGAACCAAUGAUCGUACACGAAAUUAACCAAUUGCCAAUAAAAAAUCUCGAAGAGUACCAUGACACCACCACUGAUCGUGUUUCAAGCAGGUCAAAGUCUCGGAUCAGAAGCCGACCCAGACCUACAACAACCCCACAACCACAUCGUGAAACCACCAGGAAGUUAGUAGAGAUAACGACAGAAAAGGAAGCCGAUAAGGAAGAGUUUUACGGUUUCUUCAGACAACCUAAUUUCAAUAAACCAAUUGUGGAGGAAGCGCCAACACCUGUUGAAACUCCCCAAAGACAAGUUUAUUCCUCCACUUACAUCAGCAGUACAUUAAAGCCGUUAGUUCAAUACGUCGACGUUUCUGAAAAUAUCGAUGCUUCAACGCCGGUUCAUUUCAUUGGCGAAAUCAGACCGAAGUAUCAAACAACGAGCGCACCUCAAUACUUUGAAGUCACCGAUGCUCAAACUGAAAAGCACUAUCAAGAAGAAUCUAAAGUGAAAAUACGAGGAAGAUUGCGUGGACCAGCAAGGGUUAGGGUAACCACUGAAGAGCCACAUCACAAGAACUACAACGAAUUAUCUAUUAAAGAAGAUUCGUCUGUACGUACACCAAUUAGGGGUAGAAGCCGUGGUAGCACCCACUUUAAAUUACCAGUUAAAGCCAAAACCAAAGAGAGCAGUGAAGAUGAAGACGUUGAGGGAGGAAAUUACCCGGUACCUUACAAAUCACCAAGCGCAACUGAAAGACCAACUUUCCAAAUAACAGUUGACCCAAACAUCGAUGACCAAGUUCCUUACUCAUCCAUCAUCAGAGAAACUUAUGUUGCCAAAGAAAAUAAUAACAAAAAUUCGGAAAGCGAUUUAAACAUAAAACCAGUGAACAAUCCAAUCAGUCUUAAAUUAAAUAACGUCGAAAAUUUUUAUCCUAAUGAAGAUGUUGUUACGAGCGAAGAAGCUACUGAAGAAGCGGAAAUUGCAACAACAACAAAGAUGUUUGACGAGCUGACAACAACAAAAGCUAGGAGACGAGGAGUCUGGAAACUUGUCAAAAGGCCAGUCGACGUUUUGGAAGGAGCUGAGUCACAGAACGUACCAAGCAUCAAAAUAAAUUCCGUAUCUGAUAAUGACAAGGUCAGAUUCGUUGGUAAAUUGCAUGUACUCGAGGUCAAAGAUGAAUCUAAAGAAGCAGUAACAACUCAAGCUCCCGUGGAAGAGAUAACUACUAUUCCCCCAACAACAACAUCUACUCAGGGCAGUAUUUUCAACUCCCUGUACGAAAUGUUUAAUAUGUCUCAAGAUGAGGAUACCCAAGAGACAACUACGAAUACCAAUGUAGAGGAAACAACUAACGUACCAGAAGUAACCGAGGAAUCGUCAACGUUUGAACCUAUAAACGCCGAAGAAGAUCAAGAAUAUAUUGAAGAUGAGGCAACAACUGAAUAUAUAUCUUCAUUAACAACAGACAAAGUUCCGGAAGAAUCAACUACAAAAAAUCCAAUGAGUUUCAUCACCCCGAUGAGUUUGGAGACAUGGACAACAACAUCCACGGAAAUCUCGCACGAAACUGAAAUCUGCUAUAAAGGGAAGUGCAUCAAAUCCAAGAAUCGUGUGUAAUCCAAUUGUAGACUAUUACAUAAUUAGUGAGUGAAUUGACGUACCCAGAACUCUGUGUGUUUGCGUGUAUUUCCGUGUGAAUGAGACUAUUUAUUAGAAAAUGUAUUAUUACUUGUAAUUGUAUAAAAAAAACAAUACGAAAAUUAUUAAUGCAAAGAGUUAAUUUAUCAAAAGUUGCAUCAUAUUAAAUCGAUUCAAUGCAUAUCGAUUAUUAGUAUUUUGUUUAUAUUCUAUACAAUC